CCUCUGUCCUCCAGCUGCUGAGAUGCACUGCGUCAGCUCUGUUGAAUGGAAGAAUGCUUCUUCUCACAAACAGAGAGGAAGAGCUGCAGUAGGACCAUUGGCACCAGCUGUGGAGCAGAACCGAUCAAGGAUUUCCCAACACAAGCUACGUUGAUUCCAUAACUAGGCCCAAAGGACUCUACAGAAGCCAUUUUAAUCUGUCCUGAAAAGAAACCAUUGUACUUUCUUAAGAUGGUGAUUCCUCCCAUGUUUUUGGAUGGUUGUAGCAGUUUAUCAGCCAGUGCCAGACACUCCGCAUUCAUCUGUGCAUUCUCUCACAUACCCCGGAGCUUGUAGUCCUCCAAACAUCAAUCUUAUGAAUCUGAGACUGGUCUGGACCAACCCAAUCACCAUGGCAGGUUACAACAGGCAAAACUGAUUUGGAGAUGGAAAGCAUUGGUGCACCAGUACAGAACCAGAACUUCACGUUCAGGGAGGGAGGGAGAGAAUCUAGGGAGUCAGUGAAUCUAAAGUACCAGUCACCAAAGCCUGAAAUGGGAGUACUGGAGCUAGGGUUUUAGGAUUUAGUAUUUGGGGUUUGAGUUGCAGGACUUGUCAUGGUAGCAUAGCAUUGUCCCAGCCAAUUCUCAUGAUUGCUGCAUGAAUUUUCAGUAAAAGCUAAAUGCAAUGCCUUUUAGUGCACUUUGGAGUAUGUACUUUUAACAAUGAAAAUGCACUAUUUGUUUUGCAGUAGUACCUACAAGCCUCAGUCAUAGACAGGACCCCUUUGUGCAAACACAGAACAAAAAAGACGGUCACUGCCACAAUGAGUUUACAAUGUGUAAGGGCUUUUCUUCACAGCAAGUUACUGCCUGACAAGCCGGGGAUGAAUCUACAGCACCCCAGCUUGCUGUGCAGUAACUUCCCCUGUAGACUAGCCCUAUGUACAAAUCUAAGGACAAACCUUUGCCUGCCAUAGUAUCAUGAUUUCCUUUCACUGAAGGUGAGAACCCACCAUCAUAUUUGUUGGGUUGGUGACUGCUUCCCCAGAGCCCCUCAAUCCCCUCUCCCACCCACCAAUGAGACCAAACCCAACCAGUAACAACAACAUUCAGUAAGGGAAUCCUCCAGCAGUGAAAUUAUGUUCAGCAGCAAAUAGGUAUAAGCUAGUAAAUAGUCCAUAUAAGAUACCGAUGUGUGGUAUAAAAAGGGGGACUGCCAGGAAAAAUCCUAAAUCAAAACACACCUGAAUUUUGGGAAAGUUUGAGAUUCAAGUCUGUCUGUAGCUUAAUGUGCAUGGCAUACACUCCAGCCCUUCAAAUAAUUCUGCAUUUGAGGCCUGAUUCUCAUUUACCCCGAUUGCUCUUUGCACCACUCUGGUAGCAUAAAGGAGACCUCGUGGAAUUGGUGCACGCUUUAAGAUCUAUUUACACUGCCAGAGUGGUGUAAAGAGGCCACAGAGUGAAUGAGCAUCAGUCUCUUGGUGUUUUAGGUGUUUUAUGGGAACCCACAUAUCUACAUAUCUGGUUUAGACCUUAAAUACACGAGAUAGAGAUGAGGCACAGAGGUUUCUCCAGCAAUGGCACAAAUGAGCCCAGACGUGAAAGUACACUUCAUUUUGACUCCAUUGAAGACUUGUCAUUAAGGGCCACUGUUUCUAUUGAAGUCAAUAGCGAGGGUCCCAUUGUCUUCAAUGGGAAUAGCUUUUGGCCCAAAUUGCUUUACAGAUGUGACUCUGUGGUCUCUUUCACAGACUGAAAUUGAAUAAAUAGUAAUGCAACCCCUAAUGGCUGUGCAGAGAUGUCUGUAAAAGCCAUACAUCCGCAUAGCCACCGGUGAGGCUGAACUAGGUCAUUUGCUAAGGCAAAUGGCAAAGGCAAACUGAAAACUCUCAAAAGUCCCUAAACUCUCUAAUCAACAAUCCUCAGUUUCUCUGAUCAGGGCUAGUGGGUGCUGUAAAACCAUUCUGACUCAAACAGGGAGGGGGAUGAGAGAGAGAGAGAGAAAUCCUACUGUGAAUCCAAAGCCCCAGAACGAGAUCCUAAGUAAAAUCUCUUAAAGCACACAAGCCUAUCCAGCCAGAGCCUCCGGGUGCUGCAGUAUUGAUAAUUCACAAGGCAAACAAAAGAUGCAUUUCAUAUUUUCAUUUCACCAAACAGAAUAGGAAACUCAUUAAUUAAUUUUUUUUGAAGGGGGGGGGAGGUUACUAAUUUUUUUAUGGUAAUUAGGAGAGCUAACACCAGCCAGGCAAUAGUGAAUGCAAACAAGACCCCUAUAGGCAGCAGAGUGCAUUAAUGUAAAAUAUGCCCAGACAACAUAACUUGUCAGAGAGGAUUAUUUCUGCUUAGUGAAUCUGCAGGGGCCCCUUUGCUCCACCACUCAGUGUCUGACUAGAGAGAGAAAGAGUAGCCAUUAGUGAGUAGCAACUGUGGCAUUGAUGUUUGAGCGCACUUCUGAACUGGCUUUUGUUGAGAAUAUCGGUGCAGAAAGCAUGCGCUGUCCCAAAUCCGCUGUUACUAUG